ACAAAGUCAGCCUAGAUACUGACAGCUGCGUCUAGAAAUGGCACGUCUUUUGGAGAGAAAAGCUAUUUGAUUGUGAAGGACAACUGGCCACCCGACUGACUCAGAUGAGAGGCCUGGAUUCAGCUGAUGGGCCCUGCAUGGAUUUUGUGCGUGAGUUGACAGAGGGCAGGCCCACACCGCUGACCAGCAGCCGAGCAGCCAUGGACCCAUAUGCCAGAGCGAGCAGCACAGCAGCCCCACUGCCCUGCACCAGCUGUGGGGGCUGCUGCGACCCUCCUCCCCCUGGCCUCAUGCUCGUUGGUCCCCUUGGCCCCCUUAUGGCCCCCCCUCUCUCCUCCAUGCCCCCACAUAUGACCCCUGCUCCCCCGGUGUGUGCUGCUACAGCUGUCCAGGCUGAGAAUGGCAGCAGCUGGAACUCCUCUUCUGGUUCUUCAGACUCCCACCCUGGCCACCAGGGCGGCUCUACCACCUCCAACACCUACUGGACGGCCGUGUUUGACUACGAGGCCACAGCAGACGAGGAGCUGACCCUGCGGCGCGGGGACCUCCUUGAGGUCCUCUCCAAGGACUCCAAAGUGUCCGGGGACGAGGGCUGGUGGACGGGCAAGAUCCAGGACAAGGUGGGCAUCUUCCCAUGCAACUACGUUACUCGGAGGGACGCUGGCAGCUACCCGCAGCUAACCCCAGGAGGGCUGGUGGCAGGUGGGGUGCCUGAGGGGUGCCCCCUGGAGAUCGACUUCACGGAGCUGGUGCUGGAGGAGGUGAUUGGGGCAGGGGGGUUUGGGAAGGUGUAUAGGGGGAUGUGGCAAGGGGAGGAGGUGGCAGUUAAAGCUGCCAGGCAGGACCCGGACGAGGACAUCAGCGCCACAGCUGAAAGCGUACGACAAGAGGCCAGGCUUUUCUGGAUGCUCAGACACCCCAACAUCAUCAACCUGAUAGGGGUGUGCCUGCGAGAGCCCAAUCUCUGCCUGGUGAUGGAGUACGCCCGCGGGGGGGCUCUGAACAGAGCCCUAGCUGGGAAGAAGGUACCCCCCAGGGUGCUGGUGAACUGGGCCGUGCAGAUCGCCACAGGGAUGGACUACCUGCACAAUCAGACCUUUGUACCGGUUAUACACAGAGACCUCAAGUCUAGCAACAUCCUGAUCCUGGAGCCCAUUGAGAGGGAGGAUCUGGGUGGCAGGACCCUGAAGAUCACAGAUUUUGGCCUGGCACGGGAGUGGCACCAGACCACCAAGAUGAGCGCGGCGGGCACCUACGCCUGGAUGGCCCCCGAGGUCAUCAAACUCUCCCUGUUCUCCAAGAGCAGCGACGUCUGGAGUUUCGGGGUGUUGCUAUGGGAACUGCUGACAGGAGAGGUUCCGUACCGUGAGAUAGAUGCGCUGGCCGUGGCGUACGGAGUGGCCAUGAACAAACUGACCCUGCCCGUACCGUCCACCUGUCCCGAGCCCUUCGCACUCCUGCUGGCAGAGUCCUGGAGCCCUAACCCCCACAGUCGCCCGUCCUUCACUAAUAUCCUGAUGCGACUGCUGGCCAUCGAACAGUCGGCCAUGUUUCAGAUGCCCCUGGAGUCCUUCCACUCUCUGCAGGAGGACUGGAGGCUGGAGAUCCAGCAGAUGUUUGACGAGCUCAGGGCCAAGGAGAAGGAGUUGCGUUCCUGGGAGGAGGCGUUGGCUCGUGCGGCCGAGGAGCAGAGGGAGCAGGAGGAGCAGCUGAAGAGGAGAGAGCAGGAGCUGGCUGAGAGAGAGAUCGAUAUCGUGGAGCGUGAACUCAACAUCAUCAUCCACCAGAUGUACCAGGAGAAGCCCAGGGUCAAGAAGCGCAAGGGCCACUUCAAAAAGAGCAGACUGCUCAAACUGGGCCGAGACAGCAACAGCAUCAGUCUGCCCUCUGGUUUCGAGCAUAAGAUCACAGUGCAGGCGUCUCCGAGCGUGGAUAAGAGGAAGCCCCAGGGCAGUGAGAGCACCACACCUCCAGCCAGCCCAGGGGUCAUACCCCGCCUCAGGGCCAUACGACUGACACCCAGUGAUGGCAGUAAGACAUGGGGCCGCAGUGCCGUGUGUAAGAAGGAGGACCUGGCAGCUAGCAAAAAGAAGGGACGCACCUGGGGCCCCAGCUCCACCCUCCAGAGAGAGAGACUGGGCGGAGAGGACAGGUUGAAGUCGCUAGGCGACGGAUGCAAGGUGUGGUCCUCUAGUGCCCCGAAUCUGGGCAAGUCUCCAAAACACGCCCCCAUGACCGCUGGCUUCUCCAGCCUCAAUGAAAUGGAGGAGCACUGUGAGUUGGAGGAGUCGCCCGGGUCUCUGAUGCCCCCAGAGACCAGCAGUAACGGGUCUGUGGACGAGGGAGGCCCCCCGUGUGGCGGGCUGGGGCCCGGGCUGGGGCCUGCUGGGCUAGGGAGCGGGAUGGGUUACCAGGACUCUCUGCGGCGGUGCAGCCAGAGGAAGAAGAGCGACCUGCUGCUACUGGGCUGUGCCUCAAUACUGGCCUCCGUAGGUCUGGGGCUGGACCUGCUACAGUUGGGGAGACUACAGGUCCAACAGGACGAGCAGGACCUUAGAGAGGAGCAGCGCAAGAAAAAGGACAGCAUUUUCCAGCGAACGGGUCGCUUCCGCCGCAGCACCUCUCCUCCGAGCCGCGCCCUGUCCCUCUCGCUGUCCCGCCGCCGCGACUCUACUCUCCCCUGCACGGACCCCUCUCCCUCCGUCACCCUCCUCUCCCUCUCCUCCCUCUCAGACUGCAACUCCACCAAAUCCCUCCUUCCCUCGGACCUUGAGGACUUGGCGUUGACCCCCGGAGUGGGCGCCUCCCUCCCCAUGGCGACCCCUGUCCCCGCCCUUAACCCCCUCCUGGAUCUGAGGGCAGAGAGCUUCAAGAGGGAGCCCAACCAGUCCCUCACGCCCACCCACGUGUCUGCAACCAUGAACAGGGGGCACAGACGCACCCCCUCUGAUGGGGCGAUACGCCCCCGCGCCCAAACCCUAGGGCACCGCAGGACCCCCUCGGACGGCAGCAUGCCCAUGCCGCCUCCACCAGGGCCCCGCAUCCUCCCCCUACAUGCAGGUUACAAGGAGACCCUAGAUAUCCCCCGUCUCCCUGACCCUUCCAGCCUCUUCCCAAGGGUCCUCCGCCGCAAGGCCCCUGCUCCGCCUGUCCCUGUCCCGGUCCUGGAGCCCCUGACCAUCAUCAGUCCCUUGGAGAGGCCCAAGACCUUGGAGUUCGCACCCCGGCCUCGGCCCACACCAGCCAGGGUGCGACCGGACCCAUGGAAGCUGGGUUCCCUGUCCAGAACCCUGAGCUCGUCCCCGGGCAGCAGCUGUGACAGUCCCCUGGGCUCUGGGGACAGCAGUGCCAGCACCGGCGCUGCCAGGCCCAACCUCAUGGACAUGGACGUGGAUGGACAGGAUCUGGACGGCACCGUGCCCCUGUGUGAACAGCACCAGGCUGCACAGCUCUGUGGACAGAAUUACGGCUAAGUCACACAUUACUGUAUAUGGGCAACACUGCUCCUAGUGCACACUUCAAAGACUCCUAGUGUGCCCACUUUAUUCCUGGUACCCAAUCCCUUUGCGAACAGUACUUCUACUAGUGUCCACUCUGAAGCCCACUUGUGCGGGCUGUACCUCUCUCCUGGUGGUCACUCCUAAGCCUUGUGCCCCCUAGUCUCAUAGUGCCCAGCAUCCGGGACAGCACACGUCUUAGUGUCCCUUCCAAAGCCGCCCAGUGUUGGACAACAUUCCUCUAAGUGACCACUCCGCAACCCCUAGAGUCCAAACCUUUAGUGCCCUAGUGACCAGUGUGCCCUGCUAACCUUCCGCAUAUUACCUGUCCUCUAAAAGGAAGGAACGUGUAAGCCAUUCCACUUCCAGACAGACACUUCCAAGUGCUCAUCCCCAUUUACAUGUGCUGCAGUAGGACUCGUUCUGCUAAACCACCCUGUUGACUCUCUGCCUCUCUCGACACAGGUGUCGUGUCUGUCUCUGCUCGCUCCUUCCCCAAAGACUUGGGCUGAAGCUUUGCCAGCCGUAGACACAUUCACAUCUCAACAGGGUUGGAAUUAUUCUCUUGGGAGUGCCCUUGAAGUGUCCAUGUUAAUAGUUGUUUUGUGGGGGUGCCCUGAUUUGUUAUGAGAGCACCUCUGGGUGUCCCAUCAUGUGGGCCCUGCUGCCCCUCCUUCAUAUUUACAUGUAGUCAUGGUAGGUAGACGCUCAAAUCCUGAGGGACUUCCAAAUCAGUGCGUAAGUUGUCCUCUUAUUGUGCAUCACCUUCUAUAGAACUCAUUUCCACCUCCCUCACCUCCACACAGCAUCUUCCUGUAUAGGGAUGGUCUCUGUCCUCCCCCUCUCCCAAAGACUGCAACAGGAACAGGGAAGCCAUUUUAAGCUCCACAGCACAAUUGACAGGACUUUAUUUCCUCAGCUCUGUACAGCAAAUUAAUUUUAUUUUUCUCAAUGCUUGAACCAUUCCAGCCAUAACCUGUUUAGCACAGCAUUUUCUAUUGGUUUGGUGAAUUGUGUGUCUGUGUGGGUGCGCACGUGCGCACCCAUGUGUGCUUGUGUUUUGGUACCGCAUGUUAUUUUGUGUGAAGGAUGUACUGUAGAACUAGCAAAUCUGUUGUGAGGGAGCCGAAACAGGAUGCUUUUCUCCCUCAUUCUUUACCUUACGUCCUCAUAGGGUUGCAAAAUGUCCAAUAUUUUUCCCCCAAAAUCCCCUGGUUUACCAGAAAUCCUGGUUGAAAGAUUCCUGGAAGAAGCAGGAAAUACGGGAAUUGUUGAACCACUAUUUCUGGAAAACCAGGGAAUUUAGGGAAAGUGUGAAACUCAUAAGCUGGAGUUUCUCAGCAAACAUCCUCUCUCUCAUCUUCAUCACUGCUCUGUAAAGAGCCCCUUAUACACUCGGUUAUAUGCACAGUUCAUUACAACAAAAGUCCUCUGAGAGCAGAGGAGGACCAUGGGAAAUGAGGGUUAAUCCACUUGCAAUAAAUGGUUAAUGAAUACUACCUGUUUUCUACAACAACAAAAAACGAAUUCCCACAUUCCGUACCCCUGACUUCCUUUUCCUCACCUACUGGAUAGUGAUACAGCAUCAUUGAAGGGAAAAAAGGUCCCAAUCUUUGGUUAAAGAGCCAUGAUAUUGACAUUGACAUGUCCGUGUCACAAGAGUACAGACUGUGAAGGACUUGACACAAGGUGCUUGGGAUGUGGACGGCGAAUCGAGAGAACUCUGGAUUCUCUCGCAGGCCCAUGAGUGUACCAGUGCUGUCUGGUUGCUGAAAGACGAUGAAGAAUACCACUUUUUAAUGGCACAGCUAAUCAAGGCUACAUACAAGUAUUUACUUGGCUAUGUGUAUAUGGGAGUGUGUGUGUGUGUGUGUGUGUGUGUGUGUGCGUGUGUGUGUGUGUGUAUUUAGUGUUAUUAUUUGUAUGGGAUGAUGUCAAUCCCAUAGGUAGAGGGGUGAGCAAAACUCAUCCUUAUUCUCCUUGUGUGGUUAAGAACGCUCAGAUUAUUUAUUAAAAUGAUUGUUAGAAUUGAAAUAAUGAUUCAUUAUUGUCAUUAUGAUUCUCUGUCCCGGAAUAUAUAUAUAUAUAUUUGUUAAUAUAACACAGACCAACCAAGGAAAACCAAGCAAACUACAGGCUGACGUUCAUGUAGAGUAUGGAUGGGAGGUUGUCUUCGACCUGUCUCAAUCCGUGACGUUCUGGGAUACAUGACGAAAGAGUGACGUGUUGUUGACUGUUGAGGCUGCGGUGAGGAAUGAUUGAAUGAAUUACGUAAUAAAGAAGGAAGAGAGUGUCUCUGCUCUUCCUGUCACUCGCUCUGUGGAGUUAUAUCCGUAACGUUGACUGUCGUUACAUUCCGUUAUAUUCUACCGUGUGCGCUAAUGCUUGUAAUAGCUGAACCUUUCCAUGGCUUAUUUUUUUCAAAUAACACACGUUAUAUUGUAUCCCUGCGAGCAGGAGAAAUGCCUGGCUGCAAUAACAGUGACCGUCCUCUAGAUGUCAUCAAAGCCGAUCAAGUCACUUUGAGACAAAUAUACUUACUAGGACAAGCAUGGUAGCUGGUUGUGCAUUUUGAUAGUCAUUUAGUUGUUCACAGGUAUCUUUCAGGUUUCCUUCUGUGGAGUUGUACGCUCUGACAUUAUCCUCUGUCUUUUGUUAUGAGUAUUAAGGGAUUGCUCCCACUUGAGCAUAAGACCACCUUUACUAAAUAGUCCAACAGGAUUUUUUUUGUUGCCUUUGUGACAGAAUUGUGUAGGUGACCUGUAGGAAUCUUGUAAAGCGAAGAUAUCGGGUAUGUUGCAUUGUUAACAUAAUGCUAGAAUCACACAACAGACAUCUCAAUAUCUCAGACACCUGACUUGAUCUAACAGGCUUAUCGGGGUGCUUUCAUAGCCCAGUUUGUGCCUGGUUAGCUGAAUGAACGUACGUCCUUUGUCCUGAUUGCGUCCACAUUCUGAUUGCGUCCACAUAUUAGCCGCUGCAUCUACACAUGGUAUUUAAAUGUGUCCGCAUUGUCACCAGAUUUCCCUGUAUACAAAUCAUUUGACAGUUAUUGUUUCAAAAUAAGUACUGAUUUAAAUUGUUUCAUUGUCCAGAUCCUUCUACACUUGUACGAUAUCCAGACAAUGCAUCCUUGACUACCUCACAAACAGACCACAAUGAACCUUUGAAUCAUCUAUACCUGUCUAAAAAUGUGGGGACAAUCAAAAUGUGGACAAGAUCAGGACAUGGAACACAUGUUGGCACCUGGUAUAAACAGGGCUCAUGGCAACAAGCAGUGAGGAGGAUGAAAGAACGUCAGCUGUUCAUUCAGCUAAUCUGUAACAUGGAAUUAAUGAAUAAAAACACGGCUUUCAUGAA